AAUGUGCCAAAUAUAAUUAGUUGUUAUAACUGAAGUUGAACUUUAACCUCCAACAAUUAGCUGACUAGUUAAAAGAUCAUUAUGUUGUUACCUUUUUUUUUUAUGGUUGACGUAUGCGUCUGUGUUUCUGAGGUCAGUCCUAUAGUGGCGGUAUAGUACUAGACGAGUCUAGUGACUGACUAAAGAAUAGUAUUACGUGCCCAGAUCUAAUUGGUUGGUUUCGAACAUAUAUUGAUCAGAAGUUUGGAAAGUUUGAAUACUUGAUUUUUUUAAUAUCAUUCUUGAUAGUUCUUUGAGAAGGAUAUUUCAAUGUUAAAUGACAUGGGCCAGACAAUGACUGAAGUUCAUGUUCCAUUGGCUAAAAUAGAAAGUACAAAUAUUUUCUGUAAGUUGCGGCGAAGAGUGGUCGGCGCCUUUCGUCGAGUGACCAACAUUUUCAGUCGUCGACGCAACAAGGGAGAUAACAAAGAAACCCAUUCGGGAACAGACAAAAAGACAAAUGCUAAACAUACCAGAAAGAAAGAUCAAUCUAGUACUAGAGCGGCUACUUCUUCUUUAGCCUCGGCUCAAGUCUCGGCAACUGUUCACAGCUCUGACUCAGCUGUACCACAGCAAUGUGAACAUGAAAGGUCAAGCACUUCAGAGGGCGAGUCAUUGGUUAACUCAACAGGUGGCCCGAGUCAACAUACCGGAGAUAGCCGAGGGUCUAAAAAUAAACUUGUUAGGCGGAAAAGUACAAAUGAAGCAGUCAUUGGCGGGGGAGCAGGCGAUGACUUGGGUGACCAACCCUCCCCCGACUUGACUACAGAGCAAGUAGGUGAUCUGUAUCAUUCAGUUUUAAUCCAUGCCGAGAUUUCCUCGAGAGAGAGAUCGAGUGAGGACAGCAGUCAGUAUGACAGUGACAGUGUCGAUGAGGCGGCAGAUAAUGCAGAUAAAGAGAAUGAUGUAAGUGAAGAAAUAUCUGUGAUGGGGAAGCGAAAAAGAAACAGAAAAAGACAUGGUCCUCGAGACACCAAGAAGAAAGAAACAGCUCACACAAAACUUGUAUCUUCCAAUGGAAUCAGCAAUAACGGAUUUACAACUGACGAAUCAAAGCAUGAGGAUAAGUUUAGAGAAACGUUAUCUCCUUCUGACAGCAAUGAAGUAUCGAUUACGUCACACUCUUUAUCGUCUGCUGAUGUUGUGGACGGAGCUGCCGAAUCUGUUAAGUCACCGGUGAAGUCAAAAAAAGGUCUACUAAACCUCUUGAAAGGUAAAAUCAGCUCUAGUCUUCAUAACAUGGAUCUUGAACAAAGUGAUCCUGACUUCGUGGUUUCAGUUUUGGCUAUUCCAACAGUUCAUACAUUUAGCAGUGUUAAAAAGAAACUUCGAAAUUCUAAGCAAGAAUGGCUUCAAGGUUUCCUAGAUCAUGAAGGCUUAGAGCGACUACUGGAUUGUGUGGAUACCUUCGCUAGUAAGAGAGUGACCGCCCUCUCAGAUGCUUUGAUUUUAGUGGAGUGUGUGGAAUGUAUUAAGUCUGUGCUGAACUCUAAGAUUGGCUUGUCUGUAUUGGUUCACAAAUCGGAAUAUACGAGAAGGCUAAUUAAAGCCAUGGACACUAGCAAUGCUAUGGUCAAGAAACAAGUGAUUGAGUUACUAGCCGCUCUGUGUAUGUAUUCUGUCGAUGGCUACAAGCUGGCAAUGGAUGCAUUGGACACGUUCAAGACAAUGAAACAAAUGAGAUAUCGGUUUUCUCUAGUUAUUAAUGAAUUGAAGUCUUCAGAGCUAACAGCAUAUAAGACAAGUCUGAUGGCUUUCAUCAAUUGUAUAUUAUGUGCUUGUGAAGAGCUUUAUGAAAGAAAUAGAAUUCGAAAUGAGUUCAUCGGCCUAAAUCUCCUUGAUAUUAUUCCUGAUUUACGAAAUUUAACUGACAAAGAGUUGGACAUUCAAUGUGAUGUGUUUGAAGACUUUAAAUAUGAUGAUGAUGAAGAAUUAGCAGUGUGUUUCUCUGAGUCUGUUGAUGUCACAAACCAUAGACAACUUUUUGAAAUUAUAUUUAAUAAGGUCUACAACACUCCAUUAGCAGAUAAAUUCCUGACCAUACUUCAAACACUUCUACAGAUAGAUUUGGAUACCAAUUUAAGUGAUGUUCAGUGGGACUUAAUGGAACAUGCAGCUCAAACAGUGGUGACUAUUGAUACAGACAAAGCUGACAAAUAUGUAGAUUUGUCUAAUGUGGUCAAGAUUCUCCUCAACAGAUUGAAAACUUCAUUCAAUAUCCCAGUUCAUGGCAGCAGUGACACCAAAGUUGACACCAAACAUUCUUUUGUACAAACGGAUUUAGAUCCAGCAUCUUUCAUGAACAAUGUUGUUUCAAGUGGAGAGGCUGAGGCUUCAACUUCUCAAGCUAAUUGUACUACAUCAUUGUCUUCCUUAUCUGUGAUCAGUGAACCUUUUUUACACCAAUCUCUUCCAUGUUUAACUAAUGCACCAUCACCUCCACAUCCCCCAGGCUUUGUUGGUGAAGCAGCCCCUCCACCCCCACCUCCACAUCCCCCAGGCUUUGUUGGUGAAGAAGCCCCUCCACCCCCACCUCCUCCUCCAGGCUUUGUUGGUGAAGCACCCCCUCCACCCCCACCUCCUCCUCCUCCAGGCUUUGUUGGUGAAGCACCCCCUCCACCCCCACCUCCUCCUCCUCCUCCUCCAGGCUUUGUUGGUGAAGCACCCCCUCCACCCCCACCUCCUCCUCCUCCAGGCUUUGUUGGUGAAGCACCCCCUCCACCCCCACCUCCUCCUCCUCCAUUUGGGGUAGUUGGUGGCCCACCACCACCUCCAGGAGGACCGAUUCCACCACCACCUCCACCUGGUUUCGUUGGCAAUCUGCCACCACUUAAAAUAUCUAGUAACUCAAGCUACAGACCAAUUGCUACACCGAAACCAAAAAGUAAAAUGAAAACAUUUAAUUGGUCAAAAAUUCCAGAACAGUCUUUGAACAAGGAGGAUAGUGUCUGGAAAGAAGUCUUGGCAAUGGAGGACAAAGUUGAAGUGCACUAUGAUCAAAUUGAGCAACUGUUUUGUCAGAAGAUUGCAGAAACUAAACCGGAAGAGCCUGUUAAAGUCAAAACACCAACACAGGUCAACUUGUUAGAUAUGAAGCGCAGUAUGAAUGCCAACAUUUUUCUAAAGCAGUUCAGCAAAAUGUCACAUGAAGAGAUUGUAAACUUAAUCAAAGAAGGUAACCCAUCCAAAAUUGGAGCAGAAAGAUUGAGAGGCUUACAAAAAAUUCUACCUGAUAAUGAUGAGGUGGCUAUGAUAAACAACUAUAAAGGUGACGUCAAUCAAUUGGGCAAUGCUGAACGAUUUUAUUUACUACUCUCAAAGCUUUCAGGUUUUAAAAUUCGGGUUGAAGGAAUGUUGUUAAAAGAUGACUUUCAAGGUGCAAUGGAGUCUCUUCUUCCAAAUGUAGAUUGUUUGAUUGUGGCUUGUGAUAAUCUAAUGGAUAAUACAUCUUUGAAAAGUUUCUUAAGAUAUGUUCUGCAUGCAGGCAAUUUUAUAAAUGCAGGUGGCUAUGCAGGAAAUGCUCUUGGCUUUAAGAUGAGUUCUCUCAAUAAACUGAGUGAUACACGUGCCAAUAAACCAAGAGUUACACUGCUACAUUAUUUAGUAGAGGAAGCUGAAAAAGAACAAGAAGAAAUUUUACAAUUUGCAGAUCAGCUUUUACCAUCUUUAAAAGAAGCAAGCAGGUUAACUGUGGAUAAUUUGAACUCUGAACUGAAACAACUUGAGAAAAAUGUCAAAAAACUAGAAAUUCAGGUCUCACAAAGUGAUGGAGAUAUCAAAGACUAUUUUGAUCAGUUUAUUAAGGAAGCUAACAUAAAAGUCAAUCUAGUCCAGGGAAAACUUGUACAGAUCCAAGAACUAACUUUAAAAUUGUCACAUCAUUUCUGUGAGCCAGAAAAAGGAUUCAAAUUGGAAGAAUGUUUAAAUAAUUUUUAUACUUUCUGUCAAAAGGUUAAACAAUGUGAAAAGGAUAAUGAGCAACGAAAAGUCCAAGAAGAACGAGCUGAAAAAAGAAAACAAGAAAAUGAGGCAAUGAGAGCAAAUCAACAAGGCUCUAGAGCAAGUUUAAUGAAUCAACCACAAAGAGUUGGAGCAUCAAAAGUCUUAGGAGCUAACAAAGAGCCUAAGAGUCCACAGGAGGAAGAUGGAUGCAUCAUUGACAAUCUUCUUCGAGACAUUAGAAAGGGUUUCAAAUUAAGAAAAACGACUUCUAUUAAACGCACUGAGAGCCUUAAACCAAUUGUAAAACCUAGCCAAGAACAGGGGAUUACACUGACAGAAUCCAAAGAUCACGAUGGACAAACUGGCAGUCAUCACAAUGUAGAAAAUGGCAGCCAUAUUGACGAUGCGACUAAUUCAUCUUGUUGAUAGCAAUGUUUCUACUUCUCUGUUGUCAUUAGUAGGACAGUUACUUAUUAUAUAAUCCUACACUGCCUUGUAAAUUAAUGUGUAUAGUCUAUGUAUAUACCAUUUCUUUGGGAAUCUUUACAUUGAGUAGAAUAAAAGAUAAUAGAUUAGAUGAAGCAUGUAUAAUAUAAUAAUAUACAUGUAUGUUUCACUAGAAAAGAGACAUUAGUAUUAGUCUAUUAGAUAAUGUAUUUCAAAUAGGUUGCCUUGUUAUAUGAUUAACUAGAUUAUUCAAAUUAGAUUAACUAUAUUAAAAGGAGAAAAAAGUUUGUAUUUAAUACUAAUCAAAAGUAAACAUUUUUUUUUAUUUUUUAGAAAAUGCCGUUUGAAAUAUGUGUACAUCAGUGAUAGGCCUACAUUGAUUUUAUAUUUCUAAAAAGAAUCUCUCGGUCUACUGCUAUUUCAAAUAGUAGGCCUACACAUUGUGGAAACAUUAUCAUUGUUUAUAAAAAGUGUAAAAAAAAUGAAAUACUUUUAUUUGAAAUAAAACACUUCUCAGCCAA